AGUGCGCGUUGAAACAACCUGAGGCAAGUGUCAACCUGCGGGAUGGGCGGCACGUGUCCGCCAGUGAUGGCCCGUUUUAGCGUGAUGUGCUGCCAUCCAGCACUGCAGCGGACGCAGCCUAUGCCUUAGCGACCACCUCCCUCGCCCUCCAUACGCUCUUCUUCUACUCCUCUGAGGGCAGGCCCAUCUCCUUUUGCGUAUUGAACAUCAUUGACGCGCUCUAACACCAUGGCUACCGCCGCCCCCGCGAGAGCUACGCCCGCGUCGCGACGCUCGUCCUCAGUGACCUCAACGGGUCCCACCACGCCUUCCGCCUCCAUUGCCAGAGGCGCGACCGCUCGCUCAGCUGUCUCGCCACGCGUAACGGCCUCCAUGAAUAGUACCGCCGCCGCCCGUCGAGGUUCUCUCAAAGGCGCCACGCCGCCUGCGAGCAUUGUCAAUGGGGAGGCGCGAGAAACGCGCGAGUCCUUGUCGGCUUCCCUGAAGGAAGAGACAGAAAAGAAAGAACAGCUCCUGGUCCAAUUGCAGGACAAGGACCAGACGAUCGCUACUCUUACGACCGACAAUGACAACGUCAAUUCGGCGCUCAAGACUGCCGAAACCCGCCUUGCGGAGAUGUAUGCUGAGCAGAAUCGCAUGGAGGAGGAGAUGGCGGCUCGUAUCGACAUUGCCGAGAAAUUACGGACUCAAGUCCGCGACCUCGAGAAAGACAAACGUGACAUCCAACGACGGUAUAACGAACAGGCUACGACAUUCGAGGCAGAGCGCCAGGCGUUCUAUGACAACGAGCAACAUUUGAAAUCUCGUAUACAAUCCCUCACUUCAGCUCGCAAGCAACCAGCUCCUCCAUUGACAUCGCCUUCUGUGGCAUCUAUUGCCGAGACCGAGACAGAAGAGGAUGCCGACACGGAGGCCGACACGCAAGAGGACCCCAACGCCUCGCAGGCCGAUGGACAAGAUAUCAACGACCCCGAACAGGAACCUGCCGAGAUGACCGCGCUUAAACUCGAGUUAUCUACCCUUUCCACGUCGUACUCUUCCCUCCAACAGACUCUGGUCCUCUUGCAGACGCAGCUCCAGGAUCUGAAGCGCGUCAACAACGAGCUCCAAGAGGAGAACGAGUCCUACAACAUCCUCCUUCGUGAGAGGACGUUGAAUGGCCAAUUCGACAUCUUGCGCAUGGGUGGUGGCACGAGCGUCAGCGAGGCGAGUGCCAGCGAGACAGGCGACGACGACGAAGCAGAGGGUGACAGCAGGGAUGGCGAAAGUCUCAGGAGCCGAAACACUGGCCGGAGCGUGCUUGACCCCGUGGAAGAGCUGGUUGAAAGCGAGCUCGAUCCGGCCUUUAAGCUGGAUGGCGAACAGGACCAAGAAGGCUCAGAGGAGGGCGAGCGCGCCUCCAACGUUCGUAGACACGCUCGCAAGCGGUCCAAGUCACACUCCCCUCAGCCACGCGGGGAGUCGCUUGCGAAUUUGCCCAUUACUGGUCCUGGACUGGACUUGGCUGCCGAGCUUGGGCGUGCCGAGAACAAGGAUAUCCUGGAAGGUCGUGUACCGCUGGAGAACGAGCGGGUCGUUCCCGGUGGCCGGAACAAGAAGGGGAGGAAGGCCUCCGACACAACUCGGAAAGUCUCGAUGGCAUCCGAGCCCGGUAUGGAAUUCGGUGGGGUGGACGAUAUCGACGCACUACGGAACGAAGUUAAGAGUCUCAAGGACGCCAACAAGGCCUUGUCGCUCUACGCUUCCAAGAUCAUCGACCGCAUCAUCUCCCAGGAAGGCUUCGAGCAUGUCCUUGCUGUCGAUUACGAUAGCAAGGCUCCCAUGACGCCUAACACGGCAGCUACGUUCACGACCUUCAGCAAGCCCCCUGCAGGGAACGCGCAGCCAUCCAAGAAGGGCCGCCCUCAGUCAGCUAUCUUCUCCUUCUCUUCCUCCAGUCCGAACCCGCCUCAGUCGCCGGGACUGACUACGUUUAAUUCCCCGCCCACUCCGAACACGGCGAGCCCGCCGAAGCCUCCUGCGUCAGCGCGGGCCUCUCGUCGCUCGCUGUCUUUCGACUGGAAGAGCUUCAGCAUGUUCGGCGGUAGUGACAAGAAGCCUGAGCAGAACCCGAACCUCAGGCCGCUCACAUUACGAGCGGGCAGCAGCCCCGUCGUGACGGGUGGGCGCAAGCUCGACACACAAGAGGACGAGGAGGAUCGGAAAGAGCGGGAGCGGCUCAACGCGACCAUGAAGCUCAUGGGCAUAGAGAAGCCUCCAGCGGUCCAGAAGAGUUACUCUACGUCGUCAGACCCUACGCGUCCGGCCGCGAUCGACACCUCGAACUUGAACUCGCCGGCCACGGCUAGCACUGCGACCCCGUUGCCGCCGACGCCAUCGUCCCGCUUCUCGCUCUUCCGGCGUACGCCGUCGAUGACCACAUCCGACGCUUCCUCUGGGCGGUCGUCUGGGCAGGGAAGUCCGUAUACUAACGGCGGGAACACCCCUAACCUGACGCAGGAGGCCCUGGAACAGGCCGAGGCUGAAGGGGCUAUUGCUGCGCUGGAAGCCCAUGAGCGGCAUCUGAGCGCUGAGAUUGCCAAGGGUAGCCCGGGCGGAUUCACGGAGAUCCCGAGACGCAGCAGUGAUCGUCGCAGCAGCAGGAAGAGCGGCAGCGGCAGCACUGUCUGGAGCGCCGGGAUGAGCAAAGGCGAGGACGGGGACGAUUGAAAGUUGGACGACGGCUUGCGGACCGUCUUGUACAAUGGAUAAAGGUCUGAAUCGGCAUUUGGGGGAUCUCGUUCGCUUGCAUUUAUGGUUAUACCCUCACUUCGUUGCACACGCAACAUCUACAUAUGACAUUUCGCAUCUUGCCAUGCAUCUCCGAACUCGCAUUCGGGUUGUUAUCAUCGGUUAUACCAGUAUCGUACAUACCGCCUGUGUAGUACCACCACUAAUGUCGCUCU